AACGGCGGCAACAGCGAGAGGGAAAACCGACCGACAAGGGCCCGCCGCCUCCUAUCAUAGGCCGCAGGGGGCGCUGCAAGUCCUCAGCAAAGCACCAUCGAGACAGAGGGGAGAGAGUGACAGCCCGCCUGGUUGCCCAAUUCCUAGCUGGGGAGGAAGUGAGAGCAGCCCAUAGAAAUCGAUGGAGAAAAUGAAAUCCAGGAUUUUAGCUUAGCUAUGACUGGGCAGCAGCUCACCCUCGCUACCUCCGACUUAAAGAAAAGGCCUGGAAGGAAGCGCGACUAUUCUCCAGUUCCUUGGAGCCAGUACUUCGAAUCCAUGGAAGACGUCGUGAUUGAGACGGACUCCGGCAAGGAUACUUUUCGAAUUUACAAGAGUGGAUCCGAGGGCCCCGUCUUGCUCCUGCUUCACGGUGGAGGCCAUUCUGCUCUUUCCUGGGCAGUGUUCACUUCUGCCAUCAUUAACCGGGUUCAGUGUAGAAUCGUGGCACUGGAUCUGAGAGGACAUGGUGAGACAAAAGUUAGGGAUCCUGAAGAUUUGUCUGCAGAAACAAUGUCCAAAGACGUUGGAAACGUGGUGGAAGCCAUGUAUGGAGACCUCUCUCCUCCCAUCAUGCUGAUUGGGCACAGCAUGGGAGGGGCCAUUGCGGUGCAUACGGCGGCAUCCAAUCUGGUGCCCAGUUUGUUGGGUCUGUGCAUGAUUGAUGUAGUAGAAGGCACAGCCAUGGAUGCAUUGAACAGCAUGCAGAAUUUCCUUCGGAGUCGCCCCAAGACCUUCAAGUCUCUUGAGAAUGCCAUUGAAUGGAGUGUGAAAAGUGGACAGAUACGAAAUCUCGAAUCCGCCAGAGUUUCCAUGGUUGGCCAAGUCAAACAGUGUGAAGGAGCCACAAAUCCCAGAGGUCCCAAAGCCAUAGUGGAGGGGAUUAUAGAGGAGGAGGAGGAGGAGGAAGAGGAAAAUGAGGAUGGGGAGUCCGUGACCAAAAGGAAGAAAGAUGAUGCAGAGACCAAGAAGGAGCAGCAGUAUACAUGGCGGAUUGAACUGGCGAAGACAGAAAAGUACUGGGAUGGCUGGUUCAGAGGCCUCUCCAACCUCUUCCUCAGCUGCUCAGUUCCAAAACUGUUGCUUUUGGCUGGUGUUGACAGGCUGGAUAAAGAUCUAACAAUUGGCCAGAUGCAAGGGAAAUUCCAGAUGCAAGUCCUUCCGCAGUGCGGCCACGCAGUUCAUGAGGACGCUCCAGACAAAGUUGCUGAAGCCGUCGCGACUUUCUUGAUCCGUAACAGGUUUACAGAACCAAUCGGUGGAUUCCAAUGUGUCUUUCCUGCUUGUUAAUAUCCUGAUGUCCUCCAGCACCAGUUCCCGUUGUAAAUAAAACUGCACCAGAGGCCACUGUGGCGUAUUCUGUAUCCUCUCCAUCUACCCGGUUCGGUGACAACUCAGACCAUCUAGCGUUCUUCCCUUGGUCAAGAUCCCUCCUCUCCCUCUUCCCUCGUGCCCUUGUCUGAUGGCAGCUUCCAUUGGAAGCCUUCAACCUUCCCUGUUGCCUGGAUGGGGCAUUCCUUUCCACUGCCCCGAGAAAGUAAGCUCUUCUCAUAUGUUCACCAGUCUUUUUCUACACAGGCCUAGUUCUUGUUGGGUGUUGCAGCAAAACCUGGAAGACCCUCUCAAGGAACCCCCCCCCACACACACACAAUUUGCUUGUUUUUUUCUUAAGCAUGUAUGGUGCUGCCAUCUUGGAGGGCCCAGGCUUUGUUGCUUGAGAUCGGGACCUUUCAAGGAUUUGUGUGUUGGCAGAAGGCCCAAUUGGUCGGGCUAGCUCUCACAUCGCCCCUCCUGUCCCCUGGUAAACGAGUUCUCAGUAGUUCGAGCUUACAUCACUUCUGACUCACCAAGUCAAAUUCAACCCACCAGCUAUGUCUUGUGGCCUGCCAGGUGCUUGAUAAUUUUUCUGUCUUUUUGCAGUCCUGGGCAGGUAACAACAAAAUCCAAAUGCUCAAUGCAGUCCCUGGUGGGCUGUGUUUUGGAUUUGCCCAGUGGUGGACGCUGCGGUGCUGACGGGAUCUCCCAGAGGAACCGCAAGCGAGAAGAUUCAGGAGGAACUGCUGAGCCCUCCCCAGCCAGCUGUCCCGGAGUCUGCUGCAGAUGUCCCCCCCGCAUUGACGGCUGAUCUCUGACUCUGAAACAGCUGCCAAAUGUGGCCCUUCAGGUUCACACGGGAUACACGCUUGUACCAACCAGCCUACAGGCAGGAAGAGGGAGGUGAAAGAACCCCCUAUGACAUAUGUUCUCCACCUUGGGUCCUCUUGGGUUUGUUGGACUACAACUCCCAUCAUCCCCUUCAGCUGGUGUAGCAAGGGAUAAUGGAGUGUGUAGUCCAACAUCUGGGGACCCAAGUUGAGAACCUUUUUCAUAUGGGGUGGAUGCUGAAAUAAAGCAGCAGGUAGUAGACCCUUCCUUUGCUUCAGCUCCCCAAAGUGCUCCCUGCUUCUAGGUCAGUGCUUCCCAGAGAGCUGAGGUGCUCUUCUUUAUUAAGCCCUGCCACUGAGCACCAGUUAAGUCCCAGACCAUCCAGGAGCCCCUGUUGGAAUCAGGUGCACUUUGACAACUAUUGGUUGGUUGGCAUUUUUUAAAAUUACCAUCAAGGUCCCUUUCCUUGGCCUGUCUUGUCUUUGGGACUAGGGCAGUUUGGAGUUAUUUGCAACAGAUGUGAUGAAAGUGGGUUCUCGUGAAACUGUAGCAUUAGUGGUGAUCCAGAGAACAGAAGCCAUUACAAUAGUCUUCGUCAGCUCAUGCAGAGGUCCUCCUUUGGAAGGCCAAAUGCAGGAAGGAACCUGCCAAGAAGUGCCCUUGCACAGCCCCUGGUCUUUUCAGCAGGACUUGUGCAAGAGAACUUCCAGUGGCAUUGUGUCCCAAGAUGGCAUCAGGUGCAGGACACAAGCCCCUCUCUAUCCGUGUGGGAGGGGCGGUUCACGUCUCCCUCCUUGUGCUUUGGAGGGGUGUUCUGGCCAUGUCUCCAUGAGAGAGGCUGGAAUGAUUCCUGUAGCAGAGCAAGCAGGGAAGGGCUCCUGAGAAUAGGGAAUUCACAUCCAUUCCAGGCAACCCAUCUGCAGGAAUCCGGUUCCCUGAAAGUUCCUGCAAAACCUGUAUGGGGAAGGGGGAGGCAGGACCAACCCCCACUCUCUCCCACCCCUCUUCCUUCCUCCCUCCCUCCCCCCCCAAUGUUCUCCAUGCUGCGAUGGUUUCUCCGACCACCCUUGCACAGGAAUAGCUGCCUGCCUGCCUCCCCCUCUCUAGGGGCUGGAGGGAAGCCAAAAGCUGGCACCUUACAGAGUUGCUGCCAUUUCUCUGGACAUGGUGCUCAGUACUGCCAGCCUGUUGGCAGGAUUUUCAGCCCCCCAAGGCGGCUCAUCGUCGCUGCUCCCCACCCUCUUGCAGCUUCCUGGCAGCCACCCUGAGGGAUGGCAUGCCCCCUUCCUAGCCCCACAGCUGAGAAAUACCUGGCCGUGGCGCCUAGUGGCGUGGGAGAGCCGGCUCUUCUCUGCUGGCCGUGCGUCCCUGCGGUGCUUUCCUCCGUCGGUGCUGCUCCUUCCAUGGGCCACGGAGGCUUCUGCUGGGCUGAAGGACUCGCCCUGAGCCAAGGGCCUUGGAGAGAUGUGGUGGGAGGGUUCCCGCCAGGAUUGUCUUUGGAUCAAGCUCAGUUUCCAGCUUGAAGACAGAAGCUCGUCUGUGUAUGUAUAUAUGUUGUGAAGUCCUUUUUAACUUCUGCCAAAAAAAGCCACCACACACACCACCACUGGGGUCGGAUAGGACAACAGCGAGUCAAAGCCAGAAAUGCGGAGGGGGAGGCAAGAGUCACCAUUCAUUCACUACUUGGUCCAUGUCAGUUUGCUGCCCCUGCCCCUGGUCUCAGCAUAAUUUCCCUCCUCUUCUGAGAAGGGAGCCAUGCCCUUUCCCAGGGGUUCUCAAGCUUGGGUCCCUAGGUGUUGGACUACAACAACUCCCAUCAUCCCCCAACAUAAUAGUCCAAUGCCUUGUGUUGGGGGAUGAUGGGAGUUGUAGUCCAACAUCAUCUGGGGACCCAACUUUGAGAACUUCUGCUUUAUGCGGCUUCCACAAAGAGCAGGAACCCUUUUGGUGUCGGGCCCUGUCUAAUAACAUAGAUAAGACAUCUCAUUUUCAUAUGCUGUACUGUUGGCUUCUGGGGAAGGAAAAAAAGGUUGGUUUUUUUUGUUAAUCCUUGCUGCUGCUGACCCUUGUUUUAUGAAAAUAAAUAUUUCGCUACCUGCA